AUGUUGUUUGGAACGAUCAAAAAAUUAAUUACCAGUGAAUAUAGAGAAUUUAAUGAUACAAUUUUAGUUGAGAGUCCCUUUAGGGAAACAACUAGAGAUGGCAAAGAUAUAUUGCGUUUAGUGCAGCUCGGUUUAACCUCAAGAGCAUUUAUAAUUGCGUAUGAACAUGAUAUUAUGGGUAAACAAACGACUUCGCGCGGAGGUUCUCCACUCUGCAGAGCGUCGAGUGUCAUAGAAAUCCUUUCCAUGUACCCAUGGGAGUCGAUUAAGAUAUCAGUGUUUAAAAAAACGAGAAAACAAAUUUUAAAAGCUACGUUCAUUAAUGAUGGUGUCCGAUAUUUUGAAUUGCUUGAUAUGCCGAAAAGGAACAUAUUCUGGAGUCUUUGGCGUCACAACAUAAAAGAACUAAACAGUUCCUAUAAAAAAUGGCCUUUUACAAUAAUGUCUAGCAUUAAGAAUUGUAAUGAUGAUGCAUUCGAAAGACGUGUUGCAGAAUGUAUCGAAUUACGAUUUAUAAAGCACACAGAAAAGGAAAAAUGGGCAACAUGGACUGACAAGUACUUAUACUUAGGAUCCCAAAGGGAAGCCGAAGACAAAAUCCGGCCUGUACCACUUCCAGGUCUAGGUCGGGCAGAGGAGAUAAAACUUUUAUAUCUAAAACCACGGUAUUUUGGCUGUUGGGAGCAAUCUGAGCAUUGGGUUCAAUGUGGAGACAGUUCAUUAGAACUUAUUAAAGAUAACGAUGAUUAA